UUAUUUUGGUGUGGCGAUGUGACGUCACAAAGCUGCGCCACACUCCUGCGUUUGGUGUGAUUCGACCCUGGAUUCGACUGAAGAAAGAAAAACACCUGGUGAAGUGACUGAGAGCCACGUGACUCACCAUUACAAAGAUGGCAUUUAUUAAAGAGGAGAGUGAAGACAUGAAGGUUGAAGAAACAUUCAGUGAAGACAUAAAGAUUUUAGAAACAUUUAGUAUGAAACAAGAAGAAACCGAGGAACAAACAAAGAUGGCGUUUAUUAAAGAGGAGAGUGAAGACAUGCAGAUUGAAGAAACAUUCAGUGUGAAACAAGAAGAAACUGAGAAACAAACAGCAGAGACACGGAGAAAUGCAUAUGAUGCAGCUUUCAAGUUGAAGGCGAUUGAUCUGGCUGCUGAAAAAGGAAAUCGAGCUGCUGCACGGGAGCUUGGUCUUAAUGAGUCGAUGAUAAGACGUUGGAAACAGCAGCGUGAGGAAUUGACUCAGUGCAAAAAGACGACUAAAGCUUUCAGAGGGAACAAAAGCAGAUGGCCUGAACUAGAAAAUGAGCUCGAAGACUGGGUCAACACACAGAGAGCAGGCGGCCGAGGUGUUUCAACUGUGCAGAUCCGACUAAAAGCCAAAAGAAUCGCCACCGCAAUGAAGUUAGAGGAUUUUAGUGGUGGACCAUCGUGGUGUCUCAGAUUUAUGAGACGCAAAGGCCUGUCCAUCAGGGUACGGACGAGUCUGUGUCAGCAGCUCCCUCCCGACUACGAGGAAAAAGUUUCAAACUUCCACAAAUUCACUGAUGCAAAGAUAGCGGCGCAUUCAAUUGGCCUGCAUAACAUCAUAAAUAUGGAUGAGGUUCCUCUGACUUUUGACCUGCCUCUCACUCGGACUGUCAACAGGAAAGGUGAAUCAUCCGUCACGCUGAAAACAAACGGGCAUGAAAAAACGCACUUCACCUGUGUUCUGAGCUGCACGGCAUCGGGAGAAAAGCUUCCACCGAUGGUGAUUUUUAAACGCACAACGAUGCCAAAAGAAAAUUUCCCGAUAGGAAUUGUUGUGAAAGUGAACAAGGAAGGAUGGAUGACGGAAAGCCUAAUGCAUGAAUGGCAUACGGAGUGUUACGGCAAGCGACCGGGAGGAUUGUUUCACAGGAACAAGGCAUUGCUCGUUUUGGACAGCAUGAGGGCCCACAUUACAGAUUCGGUGAAAGAAGCCAUCAAGAGGUCAAACUCAAUUCCAGCUGUGAUUCCUGGGGGCACAACAAAGUAUUUGCAUCCACUCGACAUCAAUGUGAAUCGUGCAUUUAAGGUGGCGCUCCGUGUUCAGUGGGAGGCUUGGAUGACAAGACGGGAGAAAUCCUUCACUAAAACGGGCCGCAUUCGAAGAGCAACUUACGGUCAAGUCUGCCAGUGGGUCCUGACAGCGUGGAACAAUGUCAAAAAAUCCACUAUCAUCAACGGGUUUCGAAAGGCUGGACUGCUGCGUGUUGAAGAGGGCUCAGUGGGGGAUUUGCCUCCGGAUGAAAGUGACGAGAGCGACAAUGAAAACGAUCCAAUAUCGGAUGAAGCAAUUCUGAGGCGCUUCAACUCUGACACCGAAGGAGAAGACUUCGAUGGUUUCAGUGCACAGGAGGAGGAAGAUAGAAAGACCAAUUACUUUCUUGACCUGAUGGCGCUGAAAGAGGAGAAACAAGAACCGAAUGAAAUGGAAGAUAAAGAUCAAUAUGAGAAUCUUCAUAAUUUCACAACUGAAGAAAAAUCUUUUAGUUGCUCACAAACUGAAAAGACUUCAUCACAAGAAAAAUUUCAAAAGACAGAAACUAAAAGUUGUUUCAUCUGCCAACACUGUGGAGACAGAUUCACUCGAACAGCAAGCCUUAACAGGCACAUGAGCAUUCACAAUAAAGAGAAGGGUUACACCUGCUAUCAGUGUGAAAAGAGUUUUGAUCAACUUCAUGACCUUAAAGUCCACAUGGAAGAUCACCAGGGAAAUAAGCCAUGCAUCUGCCUACAGUGCGGAAUGAGAUUCAGACAAAAAGGACACCUUAAUAACCACAUGAGGAUUCACAAUAAAGGGAAGCAUUACCCCUGCCAACUGUGUGAAAAGAGUUUCAGUCAGGAAAAAAGCCUUGAAGUUCACAUGGAAGUUCACAUGGAGAAAAAGGCGUACGCCUGCCAACAGUGUGGAAAGCGAUUCAGCCGAAAAGGAAACCUAAAAAACCAUGUGAGAAUUCACAUUAAAGAGAAGCCUUACACCUGCAAAGAAUGUGGAAAGAGUUUUGAUCAACAUGAAGACCUUAAAGUCCACAUGAGAUCUCACUCUGGUGAGAAACCCUACACAUGCCAUCAGUGUGGAAAGAGUUUCAGUCAACAUGGAAACCUUGAAGUCCACAUGAGAGUUCACACUGGAGAGAAGCCUUUCACUUGCAAACAGUGUGGAAAGGGUUUCAGCCGAAAAGGAAACCUUAAAAUGCACAUGGUCGUUCACUCUGGAGAAAGCCCUUAUAUCUGCGAAGAGUGUGGAAUAAGCUUUACUGUAAAAGGAAACUAUAAAAGGCACAUGAUAGUUCACACUGGAGAGAAGCCUUUCACCUGCCAGCAGUGUGGACAAAGUUUCAACCGAAAAGGAAACUUUAACAUGCACAUUAAAACUCACACAGGAGAAAGCCGUUCAUAUAGGAUCUCUGUGGAAAGAGUUUCAGAUAUAAAGUAACCUUGAAGUAUGAGCAAAUACUCAUGAGAGACCUUUUUUUUAUGUCAUCAGCAUGGAAUGAGUUUCAGACUGAAAAAUGUCAGGUUCAUGUUGUGGAUGUGACAGUGAGGAUGUUUUCCAACCAGUUAAUCAGCAGGGGGCUCUUAAAUCAUGAACGUUAAAUGCUCACAUCCACACUGGCAUUCAUAAAUAUGGAAGCUUGCUUCCGCCAUUGAAUGAAAAAUAUGAAAGGUAAUUGUGACUUUUUAUCAAACAAUUCUGACUUUUUUUCUCACAAUUGUGAGUUUACUUCUCCCAAUUCUGACAUUAUUUCUCACCCUCCAAUGCUGUGAUAAAACUCUCCUCAAAAGCCGCUUUCCAACCAAGUAGUAACAGGAACUUAGUUAUAGGAACUGUCCACUUCUAAACAGUUCUAAGAGGUACUCUCCCCCUAUCUCGGUUUUGCUGCUUGCGUUCGCACUGGCCAAGUGGCCAUAGGAACUGGUAGGAGAGGUAAGGGAGUGACGCAAGCAUGGCGACGGUCUUUAUAGCAUCAUCACUAGAUGUAGUGCGGCCACAUACAACAACAAACCAGCAUGGAGGAGGCUAUUGCAAUGUUCCUGUUCUGCCUUGCCGGGACCUUAAUAAAAGAGUACGAAUGGCGGCGUUUAACAUAUGAGCAGAAACUCUCUAACUAAAGCUUAUUUGAUGUCUAUUUUAUAGUAAAAAAUAUAAUCUAAACACCUACUAGGCUUAUUUUCUAAAUUCAUUUCUAAAUUCUAGCUUUCAUACAGUACAUAAUGAUCUAAAAAUAUAAUUUACAAAUACCAAUACAAAUUUCCUAACUAAGGGGUUUACAGUGUGUAGCAUAUGCACUAAAAAUUAUAUAUAUAUAUAUAUAUAUAUAUAUUAGAUAGAUUUUUAUUAGAUUUUAUUAAAUAUUUUUAUUAGAAGAUAUUAAAUUCAUGGUAUAGAUAUGCACCUUCAUUAGGUUGUGUUGAAUAUAGGUAGAUAUCAAAUGUCAAUACUCUGGAUGGCAAGUGGAAAAUAGACCACCCAGUAUAAUAUGAAAGCUACAUGUUUAUAUUGAAUAGCUUGUCAAUUAAUGUAAGUAAGACUAAAUACUUACUCAUCCGAAAUUCUAUCCAUGGCUGGAUCAAGUCGCUCUUCAAAAUACAAAUGGUAGUCAUCAGACUAGUCGCGCUCUUCCUCUGAUAAAAAUGUGAAAUCUUUGAUGAGCAGGGCUUUCGCACCAGUGAAUCGUGCCAUCUUUCCAACGUGCAGGUGAGUGAAUGAUGAAACUUAAAGCGUUUAAUGCAUUUGCUUGGGGGCGUUUACCUGUACCUGCAUAGAUGGCUUAACACUCUAGCUAUGUCCCAAUGUGAAGUCUGCAUACUUUUAUUCAUUGUAUCUGGGAAUGUCCAAUUAUUCAACCUUUAUGGCAACAAACCUUAAAUAUUUUAAGCAAAUGGCUUGGAACAACAAUACAGUCAUCACCAAGGUUGUGUCUAUUAGGAGACAGGGAACAGAUGCCAAAUACUUCAAAGGGAGAGUUUGCAGUAAUUAUGGUAGGGGUCUCUGUGACGGCUAGAGUCAUCCUGAAACACUGGAAAACUCCAGAAA